UGAAAAGCGUUGUUGUAGAAAUGAUGGAAUGAUAUGGAGAUGUAAGAAUUUUAGGAUCAAGACUAAAAAUUAUUGUCAACAACAUUGUACUUCUAUUUUUCAGCAUAACAAGAAUCGUCUUAUGAUGAUGAAGAAGAAGAAGAACAGUGUAUCUCAUUUUUCUAAGAGGAAGAAGAACAGUGGAUCUGAUUUUUCUAAGAAACGGCCGAGGAAACGGCAGCUGACGGACCAACCAUCUACUAGUAAUCCUACCACCAGCUCUGAUAUAAUUGUAGGUGCUGGUUCUGUCAAAAUUGGUGCAAAGAGGAAAAAAGUUGAAAGAAUGUCAGGAGAACUAAAAUCAUUGACAGGAAUUAGGGAAACUAGGGCCUCGAAACGGAGGAAGAUGUUAAUGGAAGGUGGUGAAACAAGUAAUCAACCAUCUACAAAUGAUAGCUUUGAAUCUGAUGGAAUUGUAGGUGGUGCUUCUGCCGAAAUUGGGGCAAAGGGGAAAAUGUCGAAAGAACAAAUGGGUCUGGAGAACCUGUAA